AUGCGGUGGCCUUCCAUCAACAAAGUAAACCUGUUAAGCACUCGUUUACCGUCGAAUCCUGGAGGUGCGAAGUCGUCGUUCAUCGACACGGCGUCGGCCACAGCGUUCCACACCAGCAUGACCGAUCCUCGUUUUGCUGUGAUUGGGAGCCUGGCGUUGAUCUCCCGCAAGAUCAUUAUGUCCUCAGCUUCCGAGAAACCGGUGGUGACGGGUGUCGACAUGACUGCCCGGGAGAGGGCAUUCAUCGAUGCACUCCGCGGCGAAGGCUUGACCGUCAAGGCGAUUGCCGGGAGGCUUGGACGGUCGCGCGGGACGUCGUCGUCGACUUUGAACCAGGCAUCCAAGACAGGAUGCUCCUCCCGCAUGCUCAAGGCGGCGAUUGACCUGAGUGUUCGCACCUAUCAACGCAUCCUCCGGAAGUGCCAGCACCUCAAGUAUGUGAAGCGAAAGCAUUUCCCGUGCCUACUUCCCCGUCACAAGGUUGCCAGAAUGGAGUACGCGACCCGGAAUGUCCUGAAGCCCCCCAAGUGGAGUCGGAUCAUUUGGUCCGAUGAGAAGAAAUUCAACUUGGAUGGACCAGAUGGGUUCCAAUACUAUUGGCACGACCUACGGCGCGAGAAGGACACGUACUUUACGAGGAACUCUGGUGGUGCCAGUGUCAUGGGAACGCCGAUGCCAACCAAGACACACUUGGGGCACCAGCAUUAUGGCCCCUCGUUCACCUUCAUGCAAGAUGGCGCAAGCAUUCACACGGCUGCAAGCACCAAGGCUUUUCUAGCGGAGCAGUCGGUGACACUUUUCAACCACCCAGCCCUUUCACCCGACCUCAAUCCCAUCGAAAACGUUUGGGGGUGGCUGGCGCGCGAGGUCUACCCCAAUGGAAAGCAGUACCAAAGCGUUUCCAAGCUUCAAAGCGCGAUUUCUGCUGCCUGGGACUCUAUUGACCGCCGAUACUUGAAAAAGUUGAUUAAGUCCAUGCCAAAGCGAUGUUUGCAAGUGGUUGCUGCCAAAGGUGGAAAGACGAAGUACUAG